AUGGCCUCCAUCUUACGCUCUUUCGCCUCAACGUUCGCUAAAAGCGGCGUGUGUAGCCGAAGCGGCAUUUCCCGUGCUGCUCCGGGUAUUAUGCUGCGCUAUAAAUCUACUGAACCGGCAGCAGAAUCAAGGCCAACGGUCCGCAAGCCGGAUGCUGCCGCCCGGUCGGAGUUGUCGGAGUUCGGCAAGUACGUCGCAGAAUGCAUGCCGAAGUAUGUCCAGAAGGUUCAGCUGACCUCGGGCGACGAGCUGGAAGUGCUGAUUGCACCGGAAGGUGUUGUGCCAGUGCUGCAGUUUCUGAAAGAUCAUCACAAUGCACAGUUUGCAAAUCUGGUGGAUAUUGCCGGCAUGGAUGUACCCUCCCGUCAGUAUCGCUUCGAGAUUAUCUACAACAUUCUAUCGCUACGUUACAACUCGCGCAUCCGCGUGAAGACCUACACCGACGAGCUGACGCCGAUCGACUCAUGCAACGAAGUAUUUAAGGCAGCCAACUGGUACGAGCGCGAGAUUUGGGAUAUGUACGGGGUGUUCUUUGCUAAUCAUCCGGAUCUGCGCCGUAUUCUGACCGAUUACGGAUUCGAGGGUCAUCCGCAACGUCGUGAUUUUCCGCUGAGCGGUUACGUCGAGCUGCGGUACGACGAUGAGAAGAAACGUGUCGUGUGCGAACCACUCGAGCUGGCGCAAGAGUUCCGCAAGUUUGAUCUGUCCGCACCGUGGGAACAGUUCCCGAAUUUCCGCCAUGCUAAUCCUGCCACGGAGGAGGUUGCAACGAAACCGACGGAAAAGUAG